UGAUCUUAUUAGAGAUGUGCUUUUAAGGUUCAUUAUGAACAAGUUUGCUUUCUUUUGAAGUUUAAUAAAAGUUCUUUUAUGUUUUAUUUUCACUAUUGCAACUGUUCCGUUGAGUAUUUGUUCUAGUCUUCGUCCCCAUUUUGAGAUAGUUGUGUUUGUGUAAUGCAUGUUUUGAUUGAGUUUUCGAAGUGUGUUUCAGUUUGUGUCCUUUGUAUUGUAUUUAUAUUUUAGCAAUCAAGAGUCUAUAAGUGUUUCAUGAAACAAGAUAACAGGUUCAUAUUUUCGGGUAAUAAUAGGUAUUUCGGGUAGUAUGAGUAGUUUGGAUAACCAAAACCCAGUUUAGUACCGAACCCGAAGAUUAAAUGGGUUUAGCCGGGUUUAGGAUGUGCUACAGAAUCCGACCCGAACCCGACAAAACCCGAACCGAGACUGAACAGAACUUUUAUAAUACCCGAUUGGGGCUGAUUUUUGUAAACCCGAAAAACCGAAACUCGAUUAGAACCGAUCCGAACCCGAAUGGUCACCCGAUUGCCCACGCCUAGACCAAAGGUUAGGAGAGGUACGUGGAGUGUUUCUUAUGCAAUGGUUUUGGGGAUGGACACAAAACAUGACUUUUAAUUCCACCUCAACGUUAUUUUUUCUGUAAUGCAAGAACUAUAUCCAGAGCUAUAACACAAAUUACAGUAUAGGUUAUCUCUACAAAAUAUGUGUAUUUAGUAUAUUUUUUGUACAGUAAUUUUACGAGUAUCUCUUUAAACAGAACAACCAAUAAGAUCAAUAGCUACUUGACUCGGGGUACUAGCUUCACACACCCUAAUAUGAGUACUAGACCUUAGAACCUCUCUUCCUAUAUCUUCGUGUUUUCACUCACCUAACAAAUUAUACAAACCCACUAUGCCAUAAUACAAAUAUAUAUGAGUGAUAAAACCUAGUAUACGGUUUUAAAUAGCCUACUUAUAUUUAGUAUGAAUUGGCUAAUCUUAGCCCACAAGAGAUAUUCUAAAAUAUCUAGAAUAUUUGAUAAAACUCUACUGAAUCUUUUGAAAAUCUUCUUUGAUAAGUUUUUUCUUCUCCAAAGUAAAUCUCUGAAUUGCUCCCAAAUAAUUUUCAGAUUAGCUCCAACUCAGUUACAGCUCCAUUUUUCGAGUCAGCUACUCAACUACGUCUCAAUCACUCAAUCACUAUAUUUUCAACUGGUUCAAGUCGUUUGUCGUAUCUUUGCAUCUUCACGGUCCUUCACCUACCCGACGUAUUUUUUAACUUUAAUCUUUCACUUCUGUACUCUCUCUAUAUUAAUCACCUGGACUGUUUCUCCUUUCACUCAUCCACCUCUCUCACUCAAAGGUCCAAAAGUUGUUUUUUGUUCUUCUCUCUUCUCUCUUUUAGAAAAGAUAUUGAAAAGAUAUGGGAAAGGCUCCUUGUUGCGAGAAAAUAGGGCUGAAGAGAGGGAGAUGGAUCAACGGUGAAGGUUCUUGGCGGUCAUUGCCUAAGAAAGCUGGAUUGUUGAGAUGUGGAAAGAGCUGUAGACUAAGGUGGAUAAACUAUUUGAGAAUGAACUUGAAAAGAGGCAAUAUCACAGCCGAGGAAGAAGACACCAUCUUCAAGUUGCAUUCCCUUAUUGGCAACAGUUGGUCGCUUAUUGCAAAACAACUACCCGGAAGAACAGACAACGAAAUUAAAAAUUAUUGGAACUCACAUCUCAGCCGCAAAAUCUACUCCUAUGGAGUGAAUAACGAUAACAAUACCAAAAAGAAGAAGGGAAGAACUAGUAGGUCAUCCAUGAAGAAACACAAGCAAAUGGUGAUGGCCUUGCAAUGUUUACCACAAUCGAAAGACUUAGAUAGUGAGAACACUGAUAUAGGGCACAUUAAUGGUAACUUCGAAGGAGAGUCUUUGGAGCCAUACGAGUGGUUGGAUGGUGAGAUGGAGCGGUUCAUGAAUAGCUUAGUCUGGGAAUGUUCUAAUGAAGAGGCUGUGAUUGAAGUGAAUCAUGAUGAGUCCGGUCAGAAUGAGAGUGGGGACAAUAGUAGUUGUCGUGUGGAUUUGGUUACGAAAGAUAAAGAGAAUCUUGGGAACAAAGUGACUGAUCAUGACGCGAGUGUGGAAAACAAAAGAGACAAAAGUGUUUUGAGUUCGAGUUCAAAUGAAAAUGGUGGUACAGAUUGGUGGGUUGGUCUCUGUGAUACUUCAGAAGUUGGGUUCGGUAUUGAUGAGGAGUUGCUUGAAUGGGACUUUUAAGAUAACGUGACUUGUUGUCGAAGUGAUGAUCUCUGGGAUCUCUCAGAUAUUGGAGAUAUCACAAUCCAGUGAUAUUACUAGCAAGUGGAUCGUACAAGAGAACGCGUAUUAACCCAAUGAACAUCGAUCUUUUGAUUAUAAAGUUCAGUAUUUUGUUUGGUUAUAGUGUUUCUUGAAGAUAUGUAGUAGCUUGUUGGAGUGUGAGAGUUAAAUAGGAUAAAUGUUUGAUAAACGUUAUGAUUGUUUCCCUUUUUAUUUUCGUGAUUCCUUACUCUGUUUUGUUGCUAUUAGUAGUUUUGUUGGAUUUUCAUUUUCGUUGAUAUUAUUGCGAAAUAUUGAUGAAAAUAGUGCAAUUUAUUUUCAGUUUAAACUAAAAUAAUAUGACUAAUAUCAAAGAAGAUAACAUUUCUAUCUAUAAAGAUUACAUGUUUUAAGAGGAUUAUAUAAUAAUGUAUAUUAGAGUUCGAUCGAUAUUUGUUUUUUUAUUAUAUUUUUUAGCGUUUUAGUAUUAACAUGUUAUUCAGUUUUGACAUUUGUUUAUUUUGUUCAAUGUGUUUAGCUUCUAAGCUUUAUAAGUUAUGAGUUUAUGUAUAUCUUUUUGUGGGUUAAUGUUUUUAUUCAUUUUAUUUUAGUAAACAUUAAAACAUAACAUAAUAGAGUAAUAAGAAUACUUCUAUAUUUUGAUUUGAAGUUAUAUAUAAAGUUCAAAGUUGAUAUUGAGAUUUUUUAAAAUAAAGACAGGUUUAGACAAAAACAUUAAAAAAUAAGUUUAGCUUUUUGAAAAUUUUAAUUAGUUAAUAAUUUAAGUUAAUGAAUUAGAUUAGUAAUAUACGAUAUGUGCUAAACCAAAAUUAAAAUAUCAACUUAUGGUAUUUUGCCAAUAAAAUCUCAUUUGUAUAAUAUUUUAUAGUGGAAUGACAAUGAAUCAAAAUACCAACUUUUAUUAUGGUAUUUGAAACUUAAAAAAAAAUAUAUAAAUUAUAAUAUUUCAUAAAACGAUAAAAUGACAAAUUAUAGUAAUUUUAAAAUAAAUAUUUUAUUUAAAUAAAUAUUUAAAUUUAAAAAAAAAAAUCAAGAAUACUGAAAUUUCUUUUUUUAAAAAAAAAAACCUUAAAAUCUGUAACAAAUCUUUCUAGGAUUUACUCAAAUUUCGGAUUUUUUUUUAUUUAUUCAAACCUUGAAUUUUCUAAAAAAAUUGAUUCAAUAAGCCCCACUAUAUACAAACAUAUGGGAGAGAGGAAGUGUAAAAUAAUAUUCCUUUUUCGAAUAUCUAAAAUCGGUUACAUAUAAAUUAUGGUUAUCUAUUGAUAGAAAAGUCCAUCAACGAUUACAUUCAAACAUAAUGCUCAAAGUCCAAUAUAAGCCCAAUUGAACAGUAACAUUGCUGGAAGAUCACGGCUUCACUAACACGCCGUCUUCGUAAUUCUGACUUCACCGGUGCUCUUUGAACGCCUUUGUCCAGCUCCUCCCUUCAAGCAAUUCAUCUUUGAAGUUGAAUGAUUCUUCAUCUAUAUCCUUUACUUUUGUCAAUCAAAUACGACAUAAACUAAACAACCGAUCAAAUCAACAACUUAAUAUAGAAAACAAAGCACCAAACGAUUUGAUCAUAAAUAAAAAAAAGAGUCGAUCUCUAAGAGAUAAGAUUUUAUUAAAAGCCAACACAAUCCCCAAACGGAAAAGAUAAACCGAUGACCAGAAAGACGAAUCAGACUUCAUGAGAUUAUGCUGGUUUAGUAUAUAGUUAUAAAACGACCGUGUUUAAGGCUAAUGGCAUUAGACGGUAAUUACUAAAAAAAUCAGGAUUAAAUACUAAUUGUACUUCAAUUUUAAUAGUUUAGAUAGAUAUAAAACAAUUUAUAAUAACUAAAAAUGUAAAAUAACAGUAACUAGAGAUGACAUUCAUGGACUUGAACCGCAGGCCUAUUCCGUAAAGGACCGUAGCGGGACGGUACUGAGACGAGGUUUUCUAGGUCCGCAAAUUUGCGGGCCUCGCGGAACAGGUCUUUGCGGGACUGGGCCUUUUGCGGGAUGGACCGAAACGGGUCAUGCAGGAUUACAUGGACCCGCAUUUUUUUUUUCAUUUCUUAUUUUACCUAAAAAAACGAAAGAGAGAGAGAGAGGGAGUGAGAAGAAAACGAUUCUUGUGACUUUUCCCCAUAAAACAUAAGGAGUUCCGGCGAUGAUGAUUCGAGCUCCGGUGAUGAUGAUUCGAGAUCUGGCGAUGACGACUCCAGCUCCAGCGAUGACGAUUCGAGCUCUGGUGGUGUUUUGAUUUGGUUUUCUCUUUUUAUUACACACAACUAUGAAUUUCUUUAUUACAAUAUGGAUUUCUUGUUUAAGUUGAUUGGUUUUGUUCUCAGGUGUUUUUCUUAAAUUAAAUUUGGUUACAAUGAUAUUGUUUAGGGGAAAAGUUAAUUGUAUAUCAUGUCACUUGUAUAAUUUGACGAAGUGAUUCACGAUUUUUUUUUAAAUCCAAAGAAUUACAAAGAGAGAUGGUUUGAUGAAAACAUACACUUGAGCCAAGUUAUUACAAAGACAACAACUCAAUCAGAUUCAAACUUAAUAAAAUCUUAGGCUGAUAACAAAAAAAAACUUUUAACUCAAGAACGCAAGCACAAACAUAGGUUUAUGGCAUUGAUUUUGAUAAGGCUUUAGUGAAUCUUAAUGGGCUCUCUUCAACUCUCUUACACAACUCUUCAACUUGAACAUUUAUGAAGGAAGCUGUAGUAGGCGGUUUGAUAAGGAGGCAUCCCGCGGGACGGCCUGCGAAGGCCUAUAUGUUUUGCGAUACGGGUUUGGGCCGGCAUUUUGAGGACCGCAGUCCGCGCGGAACAGGUCCGCUGUGACCCACUCGAUGACUAACCCGCCGCGGUUCGGGACAGGAUGGGUAAACCUGUUUGACAUCUCUAAUAGUAACAGAGGUAAACUAUUGUUUUAUAAAUCAUAAAAAAGUAAUACUCCAUCUGUUUCUAAAUAUAAGAUUCUAAAUAUAAAAUUUUUUAGGUAAAACACAUUUAUUAAAAAAGUUACUUUUUAUCUAAAAAAUCAAACAAGUAAUAAAAAGAGAAUAUGAGUCUAGGUGUUGAACAGAGAUUUUAGGAGAAGCUGGUGGUACCGUCUACGCUCGAUGGUGUUGGUAUUGCUCAGCUUUCUACUAUUUUUGGUUAUGUACAUAAGAAAGUUGUGUGCUUUAUGGAUCAAAGACUGAUUUUUAAUUAUUUUUUUUGUUAACUUGUGAUUGUUAAGACGACAAGAAGACUCAUUUGUUGUUAAAAAAAAAUAUUUGGUUGUAACUCAGAUAAAAUGGAUAGUGGUUAGUUGAGAUGACAGGUUAGAGCUACACGAGCGUCGAAAAUCUGAAGAAAAUUUCCACAGCCCAAGCUUCUGUCAAUUAUGAAGGUAACGGUGGUAGGUAUAUAUGCCAGAUGACGUCAGCCUCUGAAACAUUAUCUACGAUACUUCAGUUUGUGCUGUAUAACAUAUAAUUUGAUUUCUCAUGUACAGUAUCCUAUUCAGAUUCCAAACUACAGAAACACACUAUGUGAAACGGUAUAUACUGAUGACUGGGUAUCUAUUACACAAGAGUGAGGAUGUUUAACUCAUACAUAUUAGAUUCCUCGAAAUUCUUACUAUAUCUAGAUUAGGAAUAUUCCAAUAACAUUUGUGAGAUCAUGAAUGUUUUUAUCCGAUUGAGUCUUUCCUUGUAAUUUAACUAAGUUUUUGAAAUUUAUGUUAAUACAUGUGUUUGUUUUUUGCCUAACAAUCUAUUUCCCAAACAAAUUUUAAUUCCAUCUGAUCUAUUAAUUUCCUAAUAUGGUUUCAGGUUUUAGUUAGACAUGUUACUAGAGUCUGUGAAUACAGAAAUUAAGCGUGUGGAAGCUUUUUUGGAGACGAUCAGCAACAACACCAUCUCAUAAAGACACCAAUUAGUAUAAAAAAAAACACUUUUCAGGGAAAAAGUUACUUGAUCAUAUCCUUUGGUGCUAUUUAUAUGUGAUGAUUUAAUAGUGCUGAACGUUAUUUGUGAUGCUUUUUAUGUGCUGAACGUUACUUGAUCAAAAGUUACUUAAUGCAUUUAUAUGUGAUGAUUUAAUAGUGCUGAACGUAAGGUGCGUUGAGCGGUUGUGCGGGUAUCGUGGGCUUGACGUUAUGGAGUUUCUGAGAAGAAUUGUCAUAUCGCCUCAUCGGUGAUACUAACUCACUUGAAGAACACAGGACAAAGUGUUGCUCUGAUUUGAGGAAAGAAUGGUCUGUCUAUAUGCUAAGAAUCAUCACAAAUCACUGAGAUCACCUAAGUUUCUAUUUCAAGUAGGAGGACUCCAAAAUUCUAAGCACAAACGGUAGUUUUUUACAAAUUUUCACUCCAAAUAACGUUAUC